UCGUCUUUUUAUUAAGCAUUUCGUCAUGUUUUCGAUUUAGUGUGGCGAAGUGACAGAGAAGACGAAACACGAGUGCUGUGUCGAUUAAAAUGCCUGAAAGGCCUGUGAAAUAAUUGGGCAAUUUUCUUUUUUUUGUGGUGUUGACUGACAUUGAAAGGAGUUGAAGAGAAUUUUUUUCAGAAUGUUUCGAUCUUUAUCAGCUAAGAAUCUCAGGACUAGUGCCAAUUUGGGGGUGACGUCUUCGGUGAAGCAGUACUCGAAGACAACCGAUGAUAUUUCGUUCUCGAAGAAGUUGAGUGAUGGACCCCAGCUCGAUGAUUUUCUGUCAGGAUCAGCGACGAAGUACGAGGGAAAGUUGAAACUUGAAAAGGGAGAGACCACGAGACUUCGAUUGCCUCCAUGGCUGAAGACAGAGAUCCCCAUGGGAGAGAAUUAUUCGAGGAUAAAAUCACAAUUGAGAGAAUUAAAAUUGGCUACUGUCUGUGAAGAGGCGAGAUGUCCAAAUAUUGGAGAAUGCUGGGGAGGUGGUGCCCAUGGAACCGCCACAGCAACUAUUAUGUUGAUGGGAGACACGUGCACGAGGGGAUGCAGAUUUUGUUCUAUCAAAACAGCGAGGACUCCACCAGCUCUGGAUCCCAAUGAACCUGAGAAUACAGCGACUGCAGUGACCGCUUGGGGACUUGAUUACGUAGUUCUAACAUCAGUUGACAGAGAUGAUUUAUCCGACGGAGGGGCACAUCACAUUGCAGAAACCAUCAGAGAGCUGAAAAAAAGGAGCAAUAUUCUCGUCGAAGCGCUCGUUCCAGAUUUCAGUGGUAAAGAGGAUUGUAUAAAAACAAUUGUUGAAUCGAAGCUCGAUGUUUUUGCCCACAAUAUCGAGACAGUGGAGAGACUGACGCCUUUCGUCAGAGACAGACGAGCACGCUAUAGACAGUCGUUGAGAGUCCUGGAAGGUGCGAAGAAGGUUAAUCCAGAAUUGAUAACGAAAUCAUCGAUAAUGCUGGGGCUUGGAGAGACCGACGAGGAGGUAGAGACGACAAUGAGGGACUUGAGAGAAGCUGGAGUAGAUGCACUCACUCUUGGUCAGUACAUGCAACCAACCAAGAGGCACCUCAAGGUAAUAGAGUACGUAACACCUGAGAAAUUCAAGUCUUGGGAAGAACUAGGUGGAAACCUCGGAUUUUUGUACACUGCAAGUGGACCUCUCGUUCGAUCCUCCUACAAAGCUGGAGAAUUUUUCCUCACGAAUAUUCUCAAGGAGAGAAGGAGCCAGAGGGCUGAAGACAAUCCCCAGAGUUAGUUAAUAGUCAUUUCUUAGUCAAUGAAGUACUCAAUUUAUUCGAAAUCAAUAAAACAAGUUGAAAUCUUUGAAA